AACACCAGUAGCAAAGCGUAUUAAUGUCAGUGUGUACAGAAGGAAUUAUAGAUAACACUCGUUGAAGGAAACGAUAACAUUAACAAAAAUGAGGAAGCGACCAGGAAUCGGUGCCAUUCAGAAGCAAAGGGUAGAGCAGGAACGGUUUCGAGGUAAAGCCACCGAACUGCAAGACAAUGUCUUUGAACAAAUGACAAAUCAAAUGGAAAAAUUUCGAUCUAAUUUGGAAACCUUUGCCGCGAAACAUCGAAAUGAAAUCAAGAAAAAUCCCGCCUUCAGGAAACAAUUCCAAGAAAUGUGUGCCUCAAUAGGAGUAGACCCAUUAGCAUCCAGCAAAGGCUUUUGGUCUGAGUUGUUGGGAGUUGGAGACUUUUAUUAUGAAAUUGCUGUCCAAGUUAUUGAAGUUUGCCUGGCCACUUCACAGCAAAAUGGAGGUUUAAUUACUUUAGGUGAACUUAGACAGAGAUUAGUCAAAGCUAGGGGAAAAUCCCAGCACCACCAAAAUAUUUCCAAUGAUGACAUAAUACGAGCAAUAAAAAAAUUGAAAGUGCUGGGAUCAGGAUUUUCUAUUAUUUCUCUAAAAGAUACCCAGGAUUCUUCAGAUGUCCUCAUUCGUUCUAUCCCAGGUGAAUUGAAUGCUGAUCACACUGAAGUCCUAAAAAUUGCAGAGGCUCAGGCAUUCACAUCUGUUGAAACUAUAAAGUCUAAGCUAAAGUGGGACGAUGUUCGCUGCCAACAAAUCCUUAACGAACUUGUACGAGAUGGUGUCGCGUGGGUUGAUGAACAAUCCACCAAAAAAACUUAUUGGUUUCCUUCGUUUUUCAAGCCUCUCAUCAAUGAAAGUUGAGUGUAUUUUUCUUUUGUAAUAUUUCAAUUUAAAAAUUUACCUAUUAAAAUUUUUCUGUAUAUUAAGUAAUAAACAUUCAGCCUAAUAACCUUUCGAAUACAAAUUGCAUCAAAUGUUUACACUAACUUUUCGUUUAUCGUAGUGAAGUCGUACAUCCUCCACGUCGUUCAAAUCCAAAGGUGAUAAUUGCAGGGUAUGUCUUACUACACUUCCUGCCAUUCAAUCACACUCAUUGAUCCUCUAGUUUGACUAAAUACUGGAUUAUUAGCAGACAGGUUUUAGUUAAGAGUCAUGUCAUGUUCCUGCUUCUAUCCAGAGAACAUAAAUUACCUAUAGACAAACCAUAAAAACUAAUGCAUCAUAAGGCCUAAACAAGAAAAUUCACCAUUAACUAUGUAUUGGCCUGCACAUUGGUAUGUUUUUUUUUUGUUUUGUAACACAACACCAAAAAAAAAAUUAUUAUUAUUAUUAUAAUAAAUGAAAACACAGGAUGAUGAAAAGAUAGGAAGCGCGAUGACAAAAAUUCAUUUUUUAAAUCUUCCUAUGCAGUGAAAAAAAAAAAACAAGGGGGGGGGGAAGGGGAAAAGACACAACAGUCUGAUGAACGAAGAGUAGCGGGAGGGAGAUUGAAUCCUGCCGACAGG